UGUACCCUGGUCAGACAAGAAACCUGUGAAAGUGGAUGGUCUGCAUAUAAAGGUAGAUGCUUCCGCUUUUUUAACUUUCCGCGUUCCUGGAUUGAUGCAGAGAAACAGUGUUUGGGCUACGAUGGGAACCUGGCCUCUGUACACAGUUAUGAGGAGUACAUCUUCGUACAGAUCAUGAUUAAAUAUCAAACUCAAGAGACAACUGAGUCCUGGAUAGGAGGCUAUGACGCUGUUUCAGAGGGAACAUGGCUCUGGAGUGAUGGAUCAAAACUGGACCAAGAGAUAUGGGCUCCUUCACAACCUGACAAUAGCAAUAGAAACGAGCACUGUCUUAUGAUGAACUAUCAACCCUCGAGUAACUGGAAUGACAACCCCUGUCACAUUAAAAAGCCUUAUGUGUGUGUGAAGAAAUACACACCAGCAUUUAAGUUUCAUGUAAAAUUGUGAAUGUCUUAUUGUCUUGCAAGUAAAGGAAUAGUUGACCAAAAAAUGACAAUUUUAAAACAUCGCUUACCCUCAGUCGAUCCAAGAUAAAGAUUAGUUCUUCAUCAGAACAGAUCUGAAGAAAUAUAACUUUACAUCAUUUGCUUAUUGAUGGAGAUCCUCUGCAGUGAAUGGGUGCCAUCAGAAUGAAAGCUCAAACAGCUGAUCAUGAAGACAUCACAAUAGUCCACACGACUCCAGUCCAUCAAUUAAUGUCUUGUGAAGUGAAAGGUUGCAAGUUUGUAAUCAAUUUUUCAUUUUUUGGUCAAUUGCUCCUUUAACUAAUUCUCCCUAAUUUCUUUACUAAUGUGCAAGUAGAACUCAAUAAAUAUCAAGCAGUUGCAUUUAA